GGUUGACCAGCUUCCUGCAUCUCAAUAUUUUUUUGCCUGCCACUGGAUUUGGUCCGUCCUCAUAUUCACACCGACUUCUCUAGCACAAACAUUGCUAGUUUUGAUUCUGAGUCUGUCAAAGUCGAUUUCUCCCAAAGAAGCCGCGCCGGCUUUCUGCGCGCCGAGCAAUCAUGGCGACCACCUCUAACAUGUUCCUGUACUCGUUGACGAUCCAGCCGCCAACCACGAUAUCGCAAGCGUUGCUGGGCCAGUUCUCGGGAACCAAAGAACAACAAAUCAUCACCGCCUCUGGCUCUCGCCUCACAUUACUCCAACCAGACCCACGGCAGGGCAAGGUCAACACUAUUCUAUCACAGGAUGUCUUUGGAAUUAUUAGGGCCAUUGCGUCCUUCCGCCUUGCUGGCAGCCACAAGGACUACAUCAUCCUCGCGACAGACUCGGGCCGUAUCGCUAUCAUCGAGUACCUGCCCAAGACCAACAGGUUUAAUCGCAUCCACCUAGAGACCUUUGGAAAGUCGGGUGUUCGACGUGUUGUACCUGGCCAAUACCUUGCCGCCGAUCCCAAAGGAAGAGCCUGUUUGAUUGCCUCGCUCGAGAAGAACAAGCUUGUCUACGUCCUUAAUCGCAACGCCCAAGCAGAGCUCACCAUCUCCUCGCCAUUGGAAGCACACAAGCCCGGUGUCUUGGUGCUUUCGCUCGUCGCCCUCGAUGUUGGAUACGCCAACCCUGUGUUUGCAGCCCUGGAGCUCGACUACACCGAAGCAGACCAGGACCCGACUGGGCAGGCUGGUCAGGAGCCAGAAGCACAGCUUGUAUACUACGAACUCGAUCUCGGUCUGAACCAUGUGGUUCGCAAGUGGUCUGACGCGGUGGACCCAACCUCGUCGUUACUUUUCCAGGUUCCCGGCGGCAGCGAUGGUCCUAGUGGUGUUCUGGUCUGCGGCGAGGAAAAUGUUACUUAUCGGCACUCGAAUCAGGAGGCUUUCCGCGUACCAAUUCCACGACGGCGGGGUCCUACCGAGGAUCCCCAGAGAAAGCGAACCAUUGUCUCGGGCGUCAUGCACAAGCUCAAGGGCAGCGCAGGUGCCUUUUUCUUUUUGCUGCAGACAGAAGAUGGGGAUCUCUUCAAGGUCACGCUGGAUAUGGUCGAGGACGACAAUGGGAACCCCACCGGAGAGGUGAAACGGCUCAAGAUCAAAUACUUUGAUACGAUUCCAAUAGCCACAAGCUUGUGCAUUCUCAAGAGCGGUUUCCUCUUUGUGGCAAGCGAGUUUGGCAACCAUUCUCUGUACCAAUUCGAAAAGCUCGGCGAUGAUGACGAGGAACUCGAGUUCUCGAGCGAGGAGUUCCCAACAGACUCUCGUGCCGCGUACAAUCCGGUAUACUUCCAGCCUCGGCCACUCGAAAAUCUGACUCUAGUCGAGAGCAUCGACUCGAUGAACCCUCAAAUAGAUUGCAAAGUGGCAAACUUGACAGGAGAGGACGCGCCGCAAAUCUACUCGGUGUGUGGUAACGGUGCGAGAAGCUCUUUCCGUAUGCUUAAGCAUGGGCUGGAGGUAUCAGAAAUUGUUGCCUCGGAACUCCCUGGCACACCUGCUGCAGUCUGGACGACCAAGCUCACAAAGUACGACGAAUACGAUGCUUACAUUGUUCUUUCGUUCACCAACGCGACAUUGGUAUUGAGCAUUGGCGAAACCGUCGAGGAAGUUAGUGACAGCGGAUUCCUCACCACUGUGCCAACAUUGGCUGUCCAACAGCUGGGCGAGGAAGGCCUUAUUCAGGUUCACCCCAAGGGCAUUAGACAUAUUGUCCAAGGUCGUGUUAAUGAAUGGCCAGCGCCUCAGCAUCGGUCGAUUGUGGCUGCCGCUACCAAUGAGAAUCAAGUCGUCAUUGCUCUGAGCUCGGGCGAGAUUGUGUACUUUGAGAUGGAUGCAGAUGGAUCUCUCGCCGAGUACGACGAGAAGAAGGAAAUGUCUGGUACCGUCACGUCUUUGAGUUUGGGAAGGGUACCGGAAGGCUUACGGCGGAGUUCGUUCUUGGCUGUUGGGUGUGACGACUGCACUGUGCGCAUUCUCAGCCUCGACCCGGAAUCCACCCUCGAAAUGAAGUCGAUCCAGGCUCUUACAGCGGCGCCGGCAUCGCUUUCCAUCAUGUCUAUGGAAGACUCGUUCGGUGGUACCACCCUAUAUCUGCAUAUCGGCUUACACUCUGGUGUCUACCUCCGAACUGUGUUGGACGAGGUCACUGGUGAGCUUACGGACACCCGUCAAAAAUUCUUGGGCCCCAAGCCCACCAAGCUCUUCCAGGUUUCUGUGCAGGGGCGGCCAUGUGUGCUCGCCCUGAACUCCCGCCCAUGGUUGGGCUACACGGACCCUAUUACCAAGGGUUUCGUAAUGACACCGCUGAGCUAUGUAGAUCUUGAAUAUGGAUGGAACUUUAGCAGCGAGCAGUGUCUGGAAGGCAUGGUGGGUAUCCACGCCAAUUUCCUCAGAAUCUUCACCAUCGAGAAGCUCGGGGACAACAUGAUCCAAAAGUCCAUUCCUCUGACCUAUACACCAAAGCGCCUGGUCAAACACCCCGAGCAGCCCUACUUCUACACCAUCGAAGCCGACAACAACACUCUCCCACCGGAGCUCCGGGCGCAGCUGCUGGCUCAGUCUAAUACUAAUGGUGACGCAGCCAUUCUGCCGCCAGAGGAGUUUGGCUAUCCGAAGGCCAGGAACAGGUGGGCAUCGUGUAUCAGCAUUGUCGACCCUGUCAGCGAUGAGCCAAGCGUUCUCAACCGUGUCGACCUCGACAACAACGAAGCCGCCGUCAGUGCUGCCGUUGUGUCGUUUGCCAGCCAAGACGGCGAGAGCUUCCUUAUCGUUGGUACCGGCAAGGACAUGAUUCUCAGCCCUCGCCAGUUCAGCGAAGGCUACAUCCAUGUCUACCGCUUCCACGACGAUGGCCGUGACUUGGAAUUCAUCCACAAGACCAAGAUUGAAGAACCCCCCAUGGCGCUCAUCCCCUUCCAAGGCCGUCUCCUCGCAGGCAUUGGCAAGACGUUGAGAAUCUAUGAUCUUGGUCUCAAGCAGCUUCUCCGCAAGGCCCAAGCCGAGAUUGCCCCUCAGCUUAUUGUGUCGUUGCAGACGCAAGGUAACCGUAUCGUCGUCGGUGAUGUCCAGCAGGGGAUUACCUACGCCGUCUACAAACCCGAAAGCAACAAGCUCCUUGCGUGGGCGGAUGACACCAUCAACCGAUGGACGACCUGCACAGCCAUGGUCGACUACGAAUCCGUCGCCGGCGGAGACAAAUUCGGCAACGUCUGGAUUUUGCGGGCUCCCGAGCGCGCCUCCCAGGAGUCGGACGAGCCCGGCUCGGAAAUCCAACUCGUCCACGCAAAGAGCUACCUCCACGGCGCACCCAAUCGGACCGCUCUCAUGGCGCACUUUUACACUCAGGAUCUUCCUACGUCGAUCACCAAGACGAAUCUUGUUGUGGGCGGGCAGGAUGUUUUGCUCUGGAGCGGGAUUCAGGGGACGGUGGGGGUGCUGAUCCCGUUUGUGAGCAGGGAGGAUGUGGAUUUCUUCCAGAGCUUGGAGAGUCACAUGAGGGCCGAGGAUCCGCCGCUUGCCGGGAGGGAUCAUUUGAUUUAUCGGGGGUAUUAUGUGCCCGUCAAGGGGGUGAUUGAUGGGGAUCUGUGCGAGAGGUUUGCGCUGUUGGCGAAUGACAAGAAGCAGAUGAUUGCUGGGGAGCUGGACAGGAGCGUGAGGGAGAUUGAGAGGAAGAUUUCGGACAUCCGUACGAGGUCUGCAUUCUAGUACACUGACUGGGGUAUUAGAGAUGUCUAUAUGGGGGGUGGGGGAACGUACCUAUAUGCGGAGACUUGUUUCGAGGUAGCCAUAAUGUCUGUCAGCACCAGCGUCAGAAAAACCAAAAGCGAGUUACUUUUUUUGUUAAAGAGUCUGGAGUUGAGCAAGGGGCAGGCUUUAGGCGUUUGCGGUAGUGUAAUUGAGCAUGUUUACAAAGGCCUUUUAGUUGUGUGAGCAUGCCUCAAACUUGCAAAUGAGUGUGUGCUCUUAUCGAAAGAUGUCAAUCCAAGCCACCAACCAUGCACGCCUUUAAGCCACUAAAAUCUACCGUCGACUAUGUGUACAUAUCCCUUCCCAAGUAACCUUACCCCUGUCCCAUGCCAUUCCCACCAUAAAUAUAUCCCCUUCAUAUAUCCAUCCCAUCUCAUACUCCAUAUCUUACACCCCCAUCACCCACCCCAUCCCCAG